AUGGUAUCAACACUGAAAAUAGAAAGUUCCUUGAUUGGUUGCAGUGAGUGCCAGCAACUAGCCCACAAUGUGACGGGGGUGCGGCUGACGGGCGGCAGCGGUAAUGGCACGGGGCUGCUACAGAUAUAUUACAAUGGCGAGUGGGUUUCCGUCUACUCCACGUCAACGUCAUACUUUUCACAGAUGGACGCCAAGGUCGCCUGCCGCAUGCUCGGAUAUGAAAACACGGGGAUAGCUUACGUUUUCGGCACAGGUAUCGGGUACCGUCUAUUUACUGCAAACAGCGGUAUUCGGCUGUACAAUCACAGGUUCGGUUGCCAUGGCGACGAGGUGGACUUCGCGCACUGUCCGAACUCGGGCUCAUGGUCCCUCCAGACGAAUCCAUCACUCGGCUUCAACUAUGACGUCGCCAUCACGUGUGGACGCACACAGCUCCGACUCAUGGACGGGGACACAGCGCACUCCGGCAGAGUGGAAGUCAAUAUUAACGGUAAGUGGUCGACGAUAUGUGACAGCAGUUUUGACGACGCGGACGCUAGGGUCGUGUGUGACAUGCUGGGAUACCAUGACACUGGAAUUGCCAAGUCUUUCAAAGGUUCCCAUUUCGGACAGGGCCAAGGGGACGUGGUGUUAACCUCGCUUGCCUGUCGGGGUACGGAGAUGGACAUUCUCAACUGCUCUCCGGGCUGGGGAUCCUCCUGUAACCACAGAAACGAUGCUGGCGUCAACUGCGAUAGCACUGGUAUCCGAUUGGUGGACGGCCCAUCGAACACGUCAGGACGAGUGGAGGUAUUCCAUGGCGGCCAAUGGGGAACUAUCUGCGCAUCCUCAUAUUUCGACCAGCGAGACGUCCAUGUAAUCUGCAGGAUGCUCGGCGUCAACAACCCGAAUGUUUUCGGCUACCCAUACGCGUUUUACGGCGAGGGUAACGGCGUGGUGAUGCUGAGCCAGCUUCGCUGUGACGGCUCAGAGUCGGACAUCGCGCAAUGCCCAUCCUCUGAGUGGACGGUCACCGGCCAUGCACAAACCUCUUCAUGCCUUAACCACGCGUACGACGCUGGUGUGAACUGUGAUGGCGAGACGCAGGUUCGGUUGACGGACGGGGUGUCAGAGGCUUCCGGUCGUCUUGAGAUUUUGCACAACGGACACUGGGGCAGCGUCUCCAGCUCCGGUUUCGACAACCACGACUUAGAGGUCGUCUGUAGAAUGCUGGGCUUUGAACACACUCCGCGAGCGUUCUUCAAGACGGGUGGGUAUUAUGGACAGGGUUUCGGGGAGGUUAUAGCAAGCGGCCUUCAGUGUAACGGCGGGGAAGCGGACAUAGGCCUGUGUGCCGCCACCUGGUGGCCUAAAACCAAGCCCGGUGACCAUAAGCAGGAUGUCGGCAUCAACUGCGAUGGAGUGGUUCCUAUUCGCCUUGCGAAUAUCGGUAGCAGCAGCACGAACGGUUCCGGGAGGGUGGAAGUCCUCCACAACGGGCUGUAUGGCACCGUCUGUAACAACAACUUCGACCGCCUCGACCUAAUCGUCGUUUGUCGCAUGCUGGGCUUUGACAACAUACCUCGGAGCGCGUACUGGCACCCAGCGGGUACAGACCCUGUCGCCCAAGGACUGGGGGAGAUUGUUGUGUCCGACCUGACAUGUAAUGGUAUCGAAUAUUCCAUCGGCCAGUGCGGAGGUCGCUGGCCCGCCUACAGCAGCUGUGACCAUUCUAAGGACGUUUUUGUCAACUGUAACGGAGCGUCUGAAGCGUUGCGGCUGGUGGGCGGCACGAACAAGUACAACGGUCGAGUGGAGAUCCAGCACGCCGGGAACUGGGGGACAAUCUGUGACAGCUCCUUCGACCGCGCAGACGCAGUCGUCAUCUGCAGAAUACUCGGAUUCCAACAGCCGGAGCAAGCAGUUGCGUAUCACAGCGCGCACUUCGGUGCGGCCAACGACACCGUGCCACUGACACUGACGGACCUACAUUGUAACGGAUUGGAGACGAACCUUGGACAGUGUAACCCCACGUGGGCCCCGCAAUACUGUUACCAUAGAAACGACGUCGGCGUCGACUGCUGUCCCCAUUGUCAAGACGGAUCACAAAUUGUCGGCUAAUCCUAGGAUGUCCUGAUAUGUUUUGUGGGUAGUAAAGAAUAAACACAUACACACGAA